GGAGAUUGUCACAAUCCUCGCAAUUCAUAUCGUAGGACUCGUACGAGUUCUCCCGGUGAUCUUCCAACUCUCCAAGCUUUUGGGUACGUGAGUUGUGGGCUGUAUUCGAAUCACUAACUGGAGUCUGCUGCUCUGAUUUGGGUCUGAGCAGUUUUGACUGUUUUCUAUUCUUCCUUAUGUAUCGUGUGUGAGACAGUAAGUAAAUUAGGUCGAUGCUUCAUGUGGAAGUUUGCCGCCGGGCGGAUCCAUAUGCGGCCAUGGCUCGAGGGGUCUAAAAAAUGAGAAUCGCCUGCUGUUUCCUUCGCGGUUGACUUCGGACGCAGGUCAGACUAGUUGAUUGUCUGCGCAUCUGCAGGUACCUCUAGCUAGCGUCUGUAAAAUCUCUUUUCCAUGUUUCACAAAGAUGGAGUAGAUUAGGGGCACGAGGUUUACAUUUAGCGCCACGAUGCGUUCAGAUCUGAAUGGUACAGACUCUGAGGCCCAAUCUUAGAGCUUCGAAUACGGUGAUGGCCUCAGCUGUGGAACAGAGUCUUGUUUCUGUCGAGCGCCAGAGAAGGCUGCCAAAAGGAAAGGCGACUCGACUUUGACGCAUGUCGUCGAGUCGUCUGAUAUCAACAGGACCAAGACGUCGCUGCUUGCCGAGUACCCUCGCCUUACCCACGGUCUUAUCGAGGAUUUCACGCCUGCGUGUCGCUCGACGAGGUGGAGUGAGUGUUUCUGAGACCUGUGUUGUUUUGACCCUGGGACAAAUCUGGAUGUUCAUUUCAAGAAUUCUGUCCUAUAGAAGCAAAUUUCAGACAGAAUGGGACACGAAAUUGAGGCUUCAGAGGAAAGCUCCACACAUCGAGCUCCGUCGAUCGAGGGAUCGCAGCCGGAGCGACGAAGCUUGGACAACGGUGACCGACAGCUUCAGAAUAGUGCAGGUGCGAAUGAGACCACCGUCGGAGGCUUCACUCCACUGCAUCACGCAGCAGCCAUGGGGCAGAAAGAUGUAGUGGAUGCAAUUCUUCUAGAGGGUAAUCGGCCAAAUCCGAAGGUCGAAGCGGCCACAUCCGAAGGCUUCACGGCCUUGCAUUUCGCCGCUUAUGGAGGCCAUGAAACCAUCGUCACAUCCUUGCUUCACUGGUACGGAAAAAAUCCUACUGCUGAUGUUAAUGCCCGCGAUAAAUUGCUGUGCAGAACAGCUUUGCACUAUGCAGUAGGAGGAGGGCACCAGAGGGUCGUCAAGGAACUGAUUAAAUUUCCUGGUAUCGACAUUUGCCCAGAAGACUCUGUUCAGAACCUCACUCCUUUGCUCAUGGAGGUAAUGAAGCCCAGGAGAAUUUGUAGUUUGGUCUUGGUCAGGACAUUAAUUGAUGCUCGGCCUGAUCAAAUCAACCGCGCAGUUGGUCCUGAAGCAAGGCUCAUCGACGAUCUGCCCUGGCCGAUUUCAUUGUUCCCGAGCGACGAUGUUUUACAGACAGUCUCCGGCGUUCGUCCGAAGAAACAGUCUGAGACUUCCGAGAAGGAGAAUCGGAAGGAGAAUCGGAAUAAGUACCGGGAUAUAGAGACAGAGAGGAGAACAACGGACGGAAGCUUAUUACAGGGAAUGUGGGAAAGAAUGGGCACCGCGGACAGGCAGAGGUUGGAUGCAAAGUCAAUGAUACGGGAGGACGUUGACCGCUACCUGAAGUACGAAUGCUCGAUGGCAGGGCACACGAUUUUCCACCUGGCUGCCACACAAGACAACGCAGAGGUCCUCUCGCACCUCCUCUCCAACUGCCCGAGCGCAAAUGUGAACAUCCUCACAGCCGAUGGCAGCGGAAUGACCCCUCUGCACUGCGCCAUCAGAGCGGAAUCCACGGAGACAUUCGACGUCCUGAUGUCUGACCGAGAAGUGGAAGUGAAUGCCGUCCUGAAAUCGACAGUCGGUCUAGCGCGGCCGCCAUGGACGGAUCUGACAUUGCACACCUGGUGGACCCGGAAGAAAUCCGAACGGUUCCGAUUCUACGAGGCGACCUGCGUCUCCGACACCCCUCUGCACCUCGCAAUUCGCUGCUGCAGCUCCUGGACGCUGCGAAGAAUGGUCAUGAAGUUCUGCAACCAUCCCCGGUUCCAGCCCAGCAACUACAACGAGUCCGGCGUCCUCCCGCUGGAUCUGGCCUGGCUCCGAUCCUCGUGCAGCUUGCAAUUCGGCAACAGCUCGCUCCGCCUGCACUCGGUGCUCGACAUGCUCGAGCGCCAGCCAGGGAACGAGCCGCUGAUGAACGAGGUCAACAGCAUGAAGACGGGGGCACAGAACGCCGUCAACGCCGUGCUGGUGGCGGCCACGCUGCUCGGAGGAGUAACAUUCAGCGCUCUGCUGCAACCGCCGUUCGGUACCGCAUACGGGUACUAUGCGCGGGCCGUGCGCUUCUUCUGGGCCUACAAUUGCAUGUCCUUCUACUUCUCCAUGUACACGAUCCUGUGCUGCCUGGGCACGACCAUCUCCACGCAGCAGCACACGCAGCGCAUCACGGGCGGCACCAUCAACACCACGUCCACGAGUCUGCGCGUCUUCUUCGCCCACGAGCAGGCCCAGCUCGUCGUCCCCCUCAUCUUCUGUGUCGUGUCCGGAGUGGGAGCCUUCGUCGGGGCGGGCUAUGCCAACCUGCCUCCCGACACGCGGACCCUCAUGACGGUCUGCACGAUUUUGGGUCUUCUUCUCGUUCUCGUCCAGGCCGCUCGCCGUAUCUUCUCCACGUUCAAGCUGUACCUCGAUGUCAAAGUGGGGGUCAAGACGCGGUUCGAUCAUCUGUGGUAUCUGGCACACGGGGUGUUGGUCUCGAGUCCUCGGCAACUCCUUUGUUUGCCGUUCAGAUUCCGAAGGACUAGCUAUGAGAUUCCUCUAGAUCAGAACGAUUUUUCCAGGCAGAGGAAGUUGGCUAUUCUGGCUAUCCACGUGUAUGCUAUUGUGGCCAUGACCAUCUACUCACUUGUUUCGUGACGAAGACUCGCCAGUUCUGGUUCACUCCUCAACUUCGUCAAUAUCUGUGUUGCAGCAGGAAUCGAAUUCCGAAUGCAUGUGCAAAAGCUUGUGUCCCAAGUUUGUGCGGUCGAUCAGGUCGGAGGUUGUAUUGUAGCUGGUAAUCUACACAUCGUAUGGUUGCCUUGGUUUUGUUUAGGUUCGGCGAAGAAUUCUCUGCGUCACCACUGGUUUUCCUGGUAACUUGGCUUCAGCACCCACAUUGAAUACGGUUUUAUCAUCAGGUGCAAAUGACCUCUAUGACAAAGGGACUAUCUUUUUGGACUGCUUUUUGACGGGCAUUGAGUAUUUCUGGAAACUGUCCUUGAAAGGGAGGGGAUUGUUUCCCCUAA